CCUUGAAUUAUUGUAUAUUGGUUUUGCAAUAUGAGUGUUCAAGGAAUUAAAGUUUAUUGCAGGAUUAGGCCACUUAAGGAAAGUGAAAAAUCUAUCAAUUAUGAAGUAAUUAAACAAAAACCAGGUAUUGAUGUUCUUGAUGUCAAGUUCAAAGCUUCAAGGAACGACCUGUACCAAAAAUAUCAAUAUCACAGAAUAUUCAAAGAGAAUACGCCACAAAUCAUGGUUUUCGAAAAUGUGGCUGUACCAAUAUUGGAUAAAUUUCUACUCGGUAUGAACAGCACCAUUUUUACAUACGGACAGACUAGUAGCGGAAAGACCCAUACAAUGUAUGGGUCUCAAGAAGAUCGAGGUAUUAUACCUCGAUCUUUUGAAUAUUUAUUUCAACGCACAGAAGAACUACAUCACGAUUUCUCAAUGGAAUACAUUGAAAUAUACAACGACGACGUGUACGAUUUAUUAAUAGACGCAAAUAAUUUACCAUUGAAAAAAACAAAACAUACGAAAUUGAAUGAAAAAUUAAAGUUCAGCAUAAGUUUAAAAGGUGACAUCAAAUUUAAAAAUUUAACGAAAAUAAAAAUAACUAAUUGUAAUGAUGCCAUCAAAAUUUUGGAGGUGGUUAACACGAGGAAAAGUGUUUCAUCCACAAGUAUGAAUGCACAAUCCAGUCGAUCACACUGUAUUUGCAUGAUAAGUUAUAAAAGUAAACAUAAAGAGAUGAAGCUCAAUUUAGUGGAUUUAGCAGGAUCUGAACGGAUUUCAAAAUCCGUUGCAAACAAAAAGAUCUUGGCCGAGUCGCGCUCCAUAAACUCGUCGUUACAUCAUCUAAAUCACGUUAUAAAUAUACUAGAAAAUCCUAAAUUAUACGUACCGUAUCGUAAUUCUACGAUAACGUCGGUACUCAAAGGCUCGUUAGGUACAAAAUGUGCUACCGCAAUGAUUGCCACUAUCGUAUUAAAUUAUCAAUGCAUCGGAGUUAGUUAAAUUAACACACUAUAUCAUUUUUGAUUAAUCGAUUAAAAUCUCUGAAUAUCCAUUACAGGAAUCGUUAUCAACUUGCCGAUUUUCUAAAGCAGUGGCAGCAAUUAAAAAAAUGAAAGAGAUCUCUAGACCAAAAUUUAAAUUUAA